AGAGAUGGCAUACUAGGGCAAGCAUACAGACGACAAGAAGGCAAAGCUAGUGCGAAACCUGUAACAUAUCUUAGAGUGGGCACAGAUAUAGACAAAUAUAGCUUAAACAAUCAAAGGCGUCUUGGCGAUAGGAAACGUCGCUUGGUUUUGCUGUCAUGGCUCAGAAUGAUUUGAUGAGCAAUGCGGAGGACGUGGCGGAUCAGUUCCUUAGGAUGACGAAGCAGUACCUGCCUCACAUAGCGCGCCUCUGUCUGAUUAGCACAUUUCUGGAGGAUGGCAUUCGGAUGUGGUUCCAGUGGAGUGAGCAGAAAGAGUAUAUCGACAUGACGUGGGGAUGUGGGUUCUUCCUUGCCACACUGUUUGUCUUAAUCAACUUGUUAGGGCAGCUGGGUGGCUGUAUACUGAUCCUGAGCAGAAAUUUUGUUCAGUAUGCCUGCUUUGGAUUAUUCGGAAUCAUCGCCUUGCAGACUGUUGCCUAUAGCAUUCUUUGGGACCCAAAGUUUUUGAUGAGGAAUUUGGCCCUGGGUGGAGGUCUGUUGCUGCUCCUUGCUGAGUCCCGCUCUGAGGGCAGGAGUAUGUUUGCUGGAGUUCCCACUAUGAGAGAGAGCUCUCCUAAGCAGUACAUGCAGCUCGGAGGCAGAGUCCUGUUGGUGCUCAUGUUUAUGACGCUGCUUCACUUUGACACAAGCUUCCUCUCGAUCUUGCAGAACAUGGUGGGUACCGCUCUUAUUGUCCUAGUGGCUAUUGGCUUUAAGACUAAGCUGGCUGCUCUCACCCUGGUCAUCUGGCUGCUGGCAGUCAACGUGUACUUCAAUGCUUUCUGGACCAUACCAGCCUACAAACCCAUGCAUGACUUCCUCAAGUACGACUUCUUCCAGACCACAUCUGUCAUCGGAGGCCUUCUGCUGAUAGUAGCACUAGGUCCAGGUGGAGUGUCUAUGGAUGAGAAAAAGAAAGAGUGGUGAGACUGGACUGAACUCAAACGGCUCACUCGUUCACACUGUAGUUUGCCCUUUGAAAAUAGUAAUUCCGUGCAGUUAUCACACAAAGCAGGUACACUACUUAGGGAGGACUGAGCUGAAUUGAGACGUGACCUCAAAGAUCCCAGGACCAACAGAAUGACCCACUCUCCACAUUUCCACAUGCACUGUCUUUGUUUUCAUCUUGCCUGCAUACUGAAUUAUUUCUGCCAAGCACUUUUAGACAUUAGUUUAUCAUAUUUAUUUUCUAAGUAUUGGGUCAGAUUCUGUUAUUUGAAGCCCCCCCCCAUAAUUGAAGGAAUAACAAAUUGUUCUCCAUUGCCCUGUCAUUUUGCCUUUUAUUUGUUUUGUUUUUAUGUGUGUGUCAAUUGCAUUCAGCUUACCAAAGACACAUCCAUUUUCUUCAUGUCAUUCUUUACAGUAAUAGAUAUGCCUUCAAAUUCAGGUUACCUAUUAGUUCAUCAAGAUGAGAAUUUAAAGUAAAUCUACACGAAAGUAGAUGUCAUUGAAAUAUGUGUUUCUAUAUCUGCAAAAAGUUGUUGAUUAAUGGCUCAGACAGUCAAAUUUGCUGUCACUGGUCUGGUUUUAAAGAAUUGUUUCACCCAAAAAUGAAAAGUUUCAUCAUUUACCCUCAUGCCAUUCCAGAUGUGUUUGACUUUUUUUCUAUAGCAGCACACAAAUGAAGAUUUUUAGAUGAAUAUCUCAACUCUGUAGGUCCAUACAAUGCAAGUGAAUGGG